CAACCUCGGACAGGUCACUUUCCAACGAACGACGGCUGAAGUCGCUCGGACCGAGUUAUGACUCUCGGCCAGAAGUCUGACGUUCUUUGAUCAAUUUCACCGUCGCAACGUCUAUUAGCUAAGCGUCGGAGCGACGUCAUCGUAAUGAACGAGCAAUUAUAAACGAGCCUCGUAAUUGCGUCCACUUUCGUUUUAACCUCUACGAGUUCCCUUUCGUGACCCGGAAGGAACACUCUGUAACUCCUGCAGGUUGUAGCUCCACGCUGGCCAGGUGUGCACAGGUAAGUGUUCACUCCAGUAUAUGGCCAGUCGUCAGCUUGGUAGGCUGCCGCUGCUUUCCGAGUGCGUUCAACUCGGGACUCUGGAGACGAAAGGUAAAACCCUUGAAGCCUGAGCGUCUUUCGUACUGCUGGCUACCUGGUGCAGCCGGCCUGGAGCAGCGUGCUCGUUAUUGCCCAUCGAUACGAGUGAAUUUGUAGAGAUCAUUUAUAAAGUUAUUUUUGCCAAAAAAUGUAUACAGUGACUAUUUUAUAACUGGACGUAUAUAUAUGCAUAUAUAUAUGUCUGUGAGUACAGUGCCGUGUGGUGAAAUUUUUUGGGUAAAACUCAAAAAUUAUAAUCAGUCUGUGAUUUGUCAUGUCAAUGCAGGAAGCCUGAGCUACGGCUAAGAUGGAAGAAAACACGUUGACCCAAAAGUGCAAGGACUUCCGGCACGUAGGUGCGGCACUGUUGCUGAUUGUUGGUCUUUUUGGAAAUUUCGCAACAGGAUGUCAAUUCUACCCGAGCGGCGAAUAUUUGAAAUUCGUACGAGUACCGGAGAAUCUGCCACGUGGAGCAGAAGUACUUUCACUCGAAGUUCAUCCAAGGAAUCAUUUGUCAAUUAUGCCGGUCGAUAAGGAGGAGGAUACCAAGUACUUUACGUAUAAAGACGUAAAUAAAACUCAUGCUGCUGUGAUAUUAGCGAAAUCUUUAGAAAAUUUAGUCGACGGUGAUGCGCCGAGAAAUUUGCUCAAAUUUCGUCUUGUGUGCGAUUAUACAGAUGGCAGUGACUCUCUGGUAUCGUCCCAUUUAUCAGUGACUGUCUACGUAGAGGAUGUGAACGACCAUGCACCGCAAUUUGUCGACGCACCUUAUCACUUGGAGGUCGAUGAACUUACACCGACGGGUCUCACAAUUUUUCGAGAUAUUCACGCGGUGGAUAAGGACAAGCCGAAUACACCCAAUAGCGAUGUGCAUUACGCGAUAGUCAAGGGUAACGAAAGGGGUAAAUUUUCAUUGGAGCCUGGACACAGAACCGCCCUUACGUUACGUAAAUCUUUGGACUACGAUAACGACGAUCGUGAAUUCGUUCUCACCGUGAUGGCGUCGGAUCGCGGAACUCCUAUGAGAAGUACCAAUACGACUGUCACUAUAACCGUUCUGGACAAUGAUGACCUGAAUCCAAAAUUCUCACAGCCUGUUUACCGUACCAAGAUUUACGAAUUUUAUCCAGCACCGAAUUAUCCCAUCCACGUGGAAUUGAAUUUCACGCCACCCAUCUACGCGGAGGAUCAAGAUAGAGAUCUCGAUGUUGACAUUCGGUACGAUAUAAUAUCCGGAAACGAGAAAGGACUUUUUUACCUAAACCCACAGAACGGUUCGCUCUUUCUGGAGCAAGCAAUUGACCUUGAUUCGGAGCGCAACCUACCGGGAAACACAUACACCCUGCAGAUCCAAGCAUCCCAAACGGACAAUCCCCUAAAGCUGGCAGUGGCCAAGGUCGAAAUAGAGAUCCUCGACCUGAACGAUAACCUCCCAGAGUUCGAGGUCGACUUCUACAACAUCAGCAUAGUCGAAAAUCUACCAAAUGGUUUCAGCGUCCUGCAGGUAAUCGCCACCGAUAAGGAUCAGGGUGAUAACGGAGAAUUCGAUUACGAGCUGGAGGAUCCAUCCGGAGCAUUUUCGGUCGAUCCAAAUUCCGGCUGGUUGACGGUCAGAGAUCAGACGAUCCUCGACAGGGAGCAACAGAAUUCUUUAAGGAUGAAAGUUUUCGCGCGGGAACGUAGACCAAGCGUCGUUGCCACGUCGAGUGGUUCAUCCUCGGUGGACGUCGAGGUGACGCUACUCGACGCCAAUGAUAACAACCCUACCUUCGUACCGAGUAAUCUCUACGAAUUUGUAACGAAAAGUGAUGCUGCGGUUGGUACUGCCCUGGGUCAGGUUCAGGCCGUUGACAAUGAUCUGGGAAGGAAUGGUAUGGUUUUGUAUAAGAUACAAAAACCAGGAAACACCUCGAUCCGCACGCCGUUCACAGUCGACGAGCACACUGGUAUUAUAUCAGUGGCUCAGAGUCCGCUGAUCGAGGGAAGACACGCAAUCUUCGUCGAAGCUGCUGAUCAGCCAACGAAUCCCAGUGAAAGGCGGUUUUCAUUGGCAGUCGUAACUGUCGACGUAUUUCGUCCUGGUGGUGGUCACAACUCAUGGGAACCAGACUUUGUCGGAGCGCCAUAUGAAUUUUGGGUCGGUGCUAAUGUCGGCAUUGGCACGAGCGUCGGUCAAAUUCGUGUGAACGACGCUGUCAAAACGAGCAAUCUUAUUUACGACUUACUUCACAGUUAUCACGAAGGGGUUCCAUUCGCGGUCGAGGAACGUUCCGGAACUAUAACCGUAGUCGAUGAAAUCGAACAGUUCGAUCGUUCCUUGUUCGAUUUCGAGGCGGUCGUGACGAACGAGAGAGAUCUGACUUUGGUCACCAACGUCUCCAUACACGUUGUAGAUCCGAACGACGAGAGAGGGAUUUUCACUCAAGGGACCACAAAAGCUCCCCUAAUAUUUCACGUGAAGGAAAACGUUCCUGGUGCUUUCAUUGGGCAAGUGCUUCCGCACAAUGCCACGAAUACGACCAGGAAUAUCCACUUCAUCAUUGCCAAUCAGCAGGAUGUUCCUGAUAUAGCGAUAACCGAGGACGGUGUCCUUUACACCCCUCGCGGACUGGACCGGGAGGAAAGACAGAAUUACAGCAUCACCGUAAUUGCUGAGAGCUUACGCGGAGUGGGUAUUUUUCAAGUGACCGUUAUCGUUGAGGAUGAAAACGAUAAUCCUCCGGUUUUCUCGAUGUCUACUUACGAAGGACGUUUACUGGAAAACAGUCCUGUUGGUACCGAAAUCACUAUGACGAAUCGUAUCUUGGCUCAUGAUCCAGAUGACAACGGGGAUCAUAACGUAGUCUUGACCCUUCAUGGCGAGGGCAGUGAACUUUUCACCAUUGACCAAACCAGCGGGCGGGUUUUCUUCAGGGGAGAGAAUUUGUUGGAUAGGGAAGAAGUGGCUGAGUAUCAUUUACGAAUCGUCGCUAGGGAUAAGGGUAAUAUGCAUUCCGAAGCUCAACUCGUAAUAACGGUGGAUGACGAGAAUGACAACCCGCCAAACUUCAAACAAAUGAUAAUCCUACCGGACCAAGGAGUCCACGUGGCGAACGACACGGAAUACCAGGUUAAAUCGGUACUAAAAAACGGUAUAAGAAAACCGGAAAUUGCCAACAACAACAUGAAGAAUAAUCAGGACAACGAUCACCAAACGCCAUUGCUCCUGAUACCGGAAAACAGCACAGUCGGUACGAUCGUAAUUAGAUUAUCGGCCGAGGACAAAGACUCCAGCAACACCGAAUUAACAUACAGCAUCAUCAACGAGACAAUCAGCGACGAAAUCGCAAAGUCCAACAAAAAUCGUCACUUUGCGAUCAAUCCGAUAACCGGGGAGGUAUCGGUAGCUCGAAGUCUCCCGGCAGAAACCGAAAUUCAUCUGACGCUAAGAGUCACCGACAGUGGAAACCAAUCCGACAACGUAACCGUCCGCUUUCACAUCCUAGACAUAAAUAAUCACCCACCAGUCUUCAAGAAGUCGUGGUACACCUUCAGCAUACCCGAAGGAACUUACGAGAAACGUACUCUAGGCACUGUAGACGCUAUCGACGCGGAUUACGAUGACAACGCGAACAUAACGUACGACAUAAUCAGAUCGUCCAACGAGUCGUCACCGUUCAGCAUUGAGCCUCAUAGCGGACUCCUCAAGGCGACUGGAAUUCUCGACAGAGAGACCUUAGACGUUUUCAGAUUCAGCGUCGUGGCGCGGGACCAGGCUCUGAACAGUUUGAGCUCGAGCGUCGACGUCGAGAUCAACGUCCUCGACGUGAACGACAACGCGCCUGUAUUUUACGGUUACGACGCGCUGGACAAACUCGUAACUGGUACCAGCGACAUCUUCAGCGGCGACACGAACCAGAUGGUACCGACCUAUUACGCAUCCGUGCCAGAAAACAGUCCGGUCGGUACGAUCGUCACCAGAGUCUACGCCAAUGACUCCGACUUCGCCGGAAAUGGAAAUGGACUUAUCCUCUUUGAUCUUCCUCACAGACGCGGAGAUCCGCAAUACUUUAGCAUAGACAGCAAGGAGGGCUUGGUAUCUACCGUUGCUAAUUUGGAUUAUGAAAUUCAAAGGGUUCACAAUCUUACUGUCAUAGCUAGCGAUCUAGGGUCACCCAGUUUAACCUCCACGGCGAUGCUCCUCGUCAGGAUUUUGGACGUGGACGAAGGCGACGAUAAUGACGUUCAACGACCGAUAUUCCAGCAUCGGUACUACGAGGUCGAGGUAGAGGAAAAUACACCGGUGCCUUUGAAGCUGGUGCAGCUAAAUGUCUCUGGGCAUUUCAUUAACGAACACCUAAGGUACUCGAUCGUACAGGACGAUUCGGACGCCAAGGAUCAUUUUAUGAUUGAUCGUAAGAAUGGUACCUUGUAUCUGGUUACGAGUAUCGAUCGCGAGCUCAGAGAUCUUUACGAAGUGAAGGUCAGGGUGGACAGGGUGAAGAAUGGACGUGGAAUGCCGGUUAUGAUUUAUCCUGUUGUCGGGGAGAGGUUAAAUGGUCUGGCGCUAAACGAGGCGAAAAUAACCGUAAGAGUCAAGGACGUAAACGAUAACGCACCAAGAUUUAAAGCCAAGGGGAGACCUAUGCUGGCUGCCAUACCAACCACUGCUCAUUAUGGAUACGAGAUUAUUAAAGUUGAGGCCGAAGACCCCGACCAAGGCAUAAAUGGGGAAAUUCGAUACCAAAUACUUGGCCGUGAAGAUGCUCCGAGAUUCGCUAUUGACCCACUCAGUGGUCAAGUGCGAUCUGUUGGAAGUUUUUCGCGGGAUGCUGGACGAGUUUUUGGAUUCGAUGUCAAGGCUACUGACAGACGUGGUGCGGAAGACGGUCGUAGCAGUAUUGCCAAUGUUUUUGUAUACGUCUUGGAUGAUCAUAAACAAGUCGUUAUGGUUAUGGGCAAUAAACCAAGAGACAUCGAACUGCAAAUUGAUAACAUUACCUCCGCGCUACACAAUGUCACUGGACUGGACGUACGUGUCAGAAAAUUGGAACCGCACAUUGAGAAAAAUCUCAUCGAUGCUGCUUCGACGGACAUGUACCUGUACGCGAUUGAUCCUCAUCUAAAUGUUAUGAUCGACAUGGAUACUUUGCACAACGUCUUUCACAAUAAGAAGACUGAAAUCAAACGGGAAUUAGAAAGAUACCACGUGCUUGAUAUUGCCGGUACAACCCCUCGGCGUAGUAACCAGAGAUAUUUGCUGUCCACCCUCGAAGUUGGGGUGGUUGUUUUGGGUUGUGUCGUCUUUGUCGGUGCCCUUAUCACUGCCUUGUGCGUCACCUGCUUCCGAAGGAAUAAACGCCGACAAAGGCAAGGGACUGGCAUGUAUUCGUCGGGUGGCCCAGUUGGCUUUGCUUUGGCAGACCCGACCGCAACGUUGCAGAAACCGCCGCUAUUCCCGACCUUUGUAGACGGCCUUCAUUACGACCCUGAACCGUUCUCCAGCGAAAUGCGACAUCACGGCAUCUGCGAACACGAGCCCAGCUGCGUGCGUUUCCACAGAACCAGCAUGGGCAAACGUCACACAGUAAGAACGAGUACAGGGACCCUGGAAGCUUCCGCUACGUCACUACACUCCAGUGGUCAAGAUUCUGGAAUCGUUGCCAGGACUUGUCAUUGCAGUCAUUCAUCAAGUCCCUCCAGCGGAGAAAGUAGCAAGUCAGUCUUUUACCGGACGUCCCGCAACGGCUACGAGGACUCCCUGAGGUCGUUGCAUCGACGCAGUGGUACCAACGACGCGAUACGAGAACAGGAGACCAACGUCGUAUCGAGACGUGCGAAUUUACCAGCGUCGAGAAGACGUCAGAGAUUCCACUCGUUCGCCAAUACCGGCUCCGUGUACUCCCAGGAGGCCAGCCUGAAGCGCGACAAGCGAUUGAGGCCCGAUAGCGAUAAGAGACGCGGUGACGUCAUCAAGCACGAGCAUCGCCGUGCUCUUUCGGAGGCUGAGAACAACAUCACGGAAACUGUCAUUCACGAACAUCCAAGCGCGGAAAUGACGAUACCAACGCCGCUGCCCAACGUCUCGACGCUCCAUGGUAAGACGCACAACGUCGUCGUCUCGACGCCUGCCGCGAUGGCUCUGGCGAGACGGCAGAGCGUCAACGUUAUGUACGGCAGGCCGACGUAAAAAUCAUUUUGAUUGGUAAGACGGGACUUCGACCUCGUAAACGUCCUCGAUGAUUAAAUGGUCCUGAGAACAGCUGACGAUUACAAUCAAAUUCUUUAUAUUCGCCAGACUCUCGUUUUUUAAUGGCACUUGGCUUUAUUCAUUCUCUAUGGUUGUCUAUGGUUAGCUUCGACCCACUUGGAAAAUCCUUUACUCACGUUCUUUUUCUUUUUUGGGGGGGGUUUUCUCGGUUUCAGGUACUUCGAGAACCAGCCAUAUGCUCUACUAAAAUAGAUACGAAACUACUCAAGUGCUGGAAUGUUUGCUGCAAAUUUUUUUUUUUUUUUUGAUACUCCGAUAUCUUCGAGAUGGGUGGCACUUGGGGGUGCCACUUAGAGUAGCGGAUGAUAAACAGCAACUUGAAUGGUCUGCUUGGGUUUUUUUUUUUUUUUUUUUUUUUUGAUACUCCGAUAUCUUCGAGAUGGGUGGCACUUGGGGGUGCCACUUAGAGUAGCGGAUGAUAAACAGCAACUUGAAUGGUCUGCUUGGGUUUUUUUUUUUUUUUGAUAUUUUCGUGUUUUUUUUUUCGGGCGUAGGAAUCAGGUUUCGAUCGAUCCAGACGAGCAGACAUUUUUUUUUAUGGAUUCUGAUUACUGAUUAUCGGAAUAUCCUUAGGCAAUUUAUGCCAAAGUAACGGAUUGUCGUGGAGCCAAAUCGUUAUUGUUUCCUGUGUAAAUAUUGAAGGCGUCGUUCACUUAUUUUAGACUAUAAAGUUCAUUGUCAAAUUUGAGAACUAGUGGUAAUUUUUCUUCGAAGAAUGCAUGAUUGUAUCAAAAUUAAUUGACAGGAUCUACAUUGUAUAUAAUUCUCGAUAUAUUCGAUGAAUGUCUAUUUCGUUAUAGGACCGUAAUAUUUCAAUAAGUUAAAAAUAAUAAUAGCAUGCAUCCUUGCGAUUGUCAUAAUUUUUUAUGUAUAAAAAUCCCUUUAAUCAGUACAAGUCGAUAUUAAUGACUUUCAUCCACAUCAUUGCAUCAUAAUUAUUUGUAAAUUAUAAUUUAUAUUGUAUAGUGUAACAGUGCGUUAUUCGUUAUAAGUGUCCUUCUUCUGCUUUAUUUUUUUUAUAAUUAAACUGUAGCUAGAAAAA